ACCGUCUUGCGCUUUCGCUUCGGGCACACGACUCGAGCCCAAACCGGUUCAGCGCACAAUCGACAUGAGGAGGCUGGUCGCGACCGCCGAUAGGACGCGGUCGAACUGGCCCCGGCGACUGGUGUUGAGCAAGACGGUGAUGACGCCAGACUCUGUCUCGGAACCUGUGCGAGGCUGCGGUUGUGGACAGCAACAGCAAUUGUGCAGGUCGUCCCGCCCUCCUGCCUGGUCGAUUCACGGCCUAAUUAAGUGUCCGGUCCUGCAUCGUGGUCGCCAUGACGCCAGGCAGUUUAGCAAAUGGGCGGAGAUGCGGGCCAGGCGUGCUAUUGAAGAAGAUACGGGCGCCGUUUCAGGUUGCAGCAGAAUCAGGUUACACUGGCCCAGUCGUGAGGUUGGCGCAACAGGCUGGAGAGUGGCGCGAAAUCUGAACCGGCCGGCAUUCACGGCCUUCAGAUGUAAGCAAUCUUCGAGACUAUCAGCCAUUCUUGAAUGA